AUGCCAUUAUUACAAUCUCUAAAUAUUUCAAGAGGUCUCCAAUUUGAUCCAGUAUCAUCUGCUGACAUAAGUCGUCUUCAUGGCCGUGUUAAUCAUCUAAAAUAUCUAAUUUUGACUGAUUGUAUGGUUAAUACUGAUAAUUUGAUGGAUAUCAUUGCACAUAUGAUCAACUUACGAAGUUUAACAGUCUCUGUAUAUGAAAAUUCCGAUAUAAUCAAUGCUUCUCGUUGGAAACAGCUAAUCACAUCUUCAUUACCAUAUUUAACUGUAUUUCGAUUUAGGUUUGGUACUUUUGAUCGACAUGAAAUAGUUAGAAAGUAUGAAGAUUUUCAAAGUGAUUUUUGGAUCAAAGAACAUCAAUGGUAUACUGAAUGUUUAUUAGGAGACCAAAUUGUAUCAUGUAUUUUUACAGUUCCUUAUCUAAAUGACAUAAGACCGAUGUGGUUAAAAUAUGUUCGACACUUUAAUACACUAGUUGACAAUUCAAAGACGUUCGAUAAUGUUACAGAUUUACAUUCACUCGGUGAAGAACUGAUGACAUCGAGUGGCUUUUAUUUUCCUAAUAUUACAUCGUUGGUUUUUCACUCUUUACCUGUACUUGCUAAUGAAGGUGAUGAGCAAAGAUUCAUCAGAUCCCUGAAAAGAACAAUGAAUUUGUCAAAUUUAAAACAUUUAGAAAUUCCAUUAUGUUCUCAAACAAAUAGACCAACAAUUCUGUUAGAAAUUCUCAAAGAAGCACCACACUUAUCAUCCCUCAAUAUUUACAAUUGUGCUAUAGAUAUAUUGAAAACUAAUAAGGAAAUAUGUCGAUAUACUAGUGAAAUGAUUAAAAAAUUACAGUUCUGUGUAUAUUUUCAGCCAAAUCCAUGUCACAAACCGCAUGAUGUGAGUUCAAUUCACAAAGUAUUUCCAAACGUUGAACAAAUGACUUGUCCUAUGACACAAUCCGAUUCAUGUUUAUUCUUAUUAAAUAAUUUACCUAAAUUAUCGGCAUUGAACAUUAAUUUUUAUCAGUCAGUGAAUAGCGAUACUUUCAGCAAAGUUAAAGAAGAAUUAUCAAAAUUAAAGAAUAUAUUUUUUUAUGAGGAAAUACUACGCGAUAAACAACACACAAAGCUAAUGGCAUUUGGUUUUUGGGUUGACCGUGGUGACAUAACUGCAUAA